AUGAUGGGAAAAGGGCUCCAGGUGAUUUUCCCCGACUACCUGCAGGAGAAGUUCGUGCAGUCCGCUCUGAGCUACAUCAUGUGCAACGGCGAGGGCGAGUACCUGUGUCAGAACAACCAGUGCAUCUGCCAGUGCACCGACGAGUACCCACAAUGCAACUGUCCCAUCACCGACAUCAAGAUCAUGGAGAAGACGCUGACGGCCAUGUCUGAGACCUGGGCGUCCUCGUACAAGGACUUUGAGAACUCUGAUGAGUUCAAGUCGUUCCUGAAGCGGAUGCCGUCCACUCACUUCCUGCCCAUCAGCAGUGUGCAUCUGCUGUGGGGCAGUGACUGGGACCUCCAGGCUCGCUACCGGCUCCUCCAGAGCUCCCUGGAGAUCCAGCGGCUCAAGAUUCACCGAACUGCCCGCAAGCUGUUUAGUCUGAGCAUCCGCUGUCACCACAAUCCCAACCACCAGAUGCCUAGGGAGAGGUCUGUGAUCCAGUGGCUGAACCGGGUGCAGUCCUUUCUCUACUGUAACGAGAACGGUUUCUGGGGGACGUUCCUGGAGAGCCAGCGGACCUGCGUGUGCCACACCGGCGUCACCCUCUGCCAGCGACCCAUCCCCUGCGUCAUCGGCGGCAACAACAGCUGUGCCAUGUGCAGUCUGGCCAACAUCUCCCAGUGCGGCUCCUGCAACAAGGGCUACAAGCUUUACCGCGGCCGCUGCGAGCCCCAGAACGUGGACUCCGAGCGCAGCGAGCAGUUCAUCAGCUUCGAGACCGACCUGGACUUUCAGGACCUGGAGCUCAAGUACCUGCUGCAGAAGAUGGACUCUCGCCUCUACAUACACACUACCUUCAUCAGCAACGAGAUCCGCCUGGAGACCUUCUUCGAUCCGCGGUGGCGCAAACGCAUGUCCCUCACUCUGAAAAGUAACAAGAACCGCAUGGACUACCUCCACAUGAUCAUCGGCCUGUCCAUGAAGAUCUGCCAGAUGCGAAACAGCAGCAUUGACCCCAUGUUCUUCGUGUACGUCAACCCGUUCAGCGGCAGCCACUCGGAGGGCUGGAGCAUGCCCUUUGGCGAGCACGGCUACCCCCGAUGGGAGAAAGUGCGUCUGCAAAACUCACAGUGUUUCAAUUGGACUCUGCUGUUGGGGAAUCGCUGGAAGACUUUCUUUGAGACGGUCCAUAUUUACCUCCGCAGUCGAGCCAAGAUUCCCACCGGACUCCGCAACGACACAGGCCAGGGCCCCGUGGAUCUGGCGGACCCCAACAAACGACAGAUUUACAUCAAAAUAUCCGACAUCCAGGUUUUCGGCUACAGCCUUCGCUUCAACGGGGACCUGCUCCGGAGCGCGGUGCAGCAGGUGAACCAGUCGUACACGCAGGGAAGUCAGUUCUACUCCUCCUCCUCGGUCAUGCUCCUGCUCCUGGACAUCAGAGAUCGAAUCAACCGCCUCGCCCCUCCGUCAGCGCCCGGGAAACCCCAGCUGGACCUGUUCUCGUGUAUGCUGAAGCACAGGCUGAAGCUGAACAACAGUGAGAUGAUCCGAGUGAACCAUGCACUGGACAUGUACAGCACCGAGAUCCUCAAACAGUCGGAUCAACUUACCACAAAACUCUGUUGA